GAGGAGCUGCAGACGCAGCGGGUCAUGGCUAACGUGCGGGAGCGCCAGCGCACGCAGUCACUAAAUGAGGCGUUCGCUGCUCUGCGGAAGAUCAUCCCCACGCUGCCCUCGGACAAGCUGAGUAAGAUCCAGACCCUCAAGCUGGCGGCCAGGUACAUCGACUUCUUAUACCAGGUUCUCCAGAGCGACGAGCUGGACUCCAAGAUGGCAAGCUGCAGCUACGUAGCCCACGAGCGGCUCAGCUACGCCUUCUCGGUCUGGAGGAUGGAGGGGGCCUGGUCCAUGUCCGCGUCCCACUAG